AUGGAUCGCAGCAAGAGUGGUCCUAUGGCACCGCCAUCUGCACGGUCUGCGAAGCACGUUGACAACGAAAUUCAUGAGCUUGCUUCGCCUAGUACCAUCACAAACAAGGGCGGACGAAGACCAUAUGCACCCCAAUGGCGUGUGUCACCACCUGGGUGUGUGACCAAGCCUCUCAGCCAAAAGGACAUGCAUGCAUGGAAACUUGGUACUCACAAUCCUUUGCGCCUAGAGCAAGAAGAUGCGAGGACGAAUCAGCAUGUACCGUGCCGACGGCCAAGGCAUUCGGACAGUCGCACAUCAGACGAAGCAGCGGGCGUUGCGACUCACUAUAACAAGCGGCAAGAUGUCGGGCUGAAAGCAAGAGAGCUCUCACCGAUCAUUGCUUUGAAACGAUUCAACAACUGGAUCAAGUCGUCGAUCAUUUCACUACACACACCACGAGUAAAGGCUGGACCAGGGCGUCAAGGAAUUCGCGUGUUGGACUUGGGCUGCGGGAAAGGCGGCGACUUGCGCAAGUGGUCACAGCACCGCAUAUCCGACAUGGUCAUGAUUGACAUUGCGGAAGUGUCGGUCCAACAGGCAUCCAUGCGAUACAAAGAAGGGCGAUACGCAUGGCCUGCUCACUUUUAUACGUGCGAUGCAUUCCGCACACCGCUUGAUCAGGUCGUGCCUGCCGGCGUGCUAAGCCCCAUGUUCGACGUGGUAUCGAUGCAGUUCUGCCUGCAUUACGGCUGGGACUCCGAGGCCAGUGCACGAACGAUGUUGUCGAACGUGGCGCGAUGGUUACGGCCUGGCGGCAGCUUCAUUGGAACCAUACCCGAUGACGAUACCCUUUUUGGCCGUUUGCACGCGCUGGAAGACCCAGCCGCGCUCAAGUUCGGGAACGAGAACUACAGUGUAGAGUUUGACGAAAGGCUUGAACCAGGGGCAAAGCCGUUUGGCAACAAGUACUAUUUCUGGCUCAACGACGCGGUGGAUAAUGUGCCGGAAUACGUGGUGGAUUGGGCCACCCUUGAAACGUGCGUUUGGCAGCGAAAAAAUAAAGUACAGGCAACUAACAUGGAUGCUUAG